UGCACGUGGUGAAUGCGCUACGUCACGACCCCCAGCUGUGACCAACUAUGAAUGACAGGUCGAAAGGCACCGAUAACACACGGAAACAUGGCUUCCUUGACGAGAUAUGUUCUGCUAGCUCACAUUACUGCGAUAUUAGUCCAACCACACAAUGGGGAACCUCAGUCUCUGUCGUUGGUUCUAGGCAAACAGUCCGGUGAUGCAGAGGAGUUUAUCCAGAUAGUGCAUCCCCCAGAUAGUAUAGACAACAGCAAGCUCCUAACAGUGGAGUACACGUGCAACACAGACAGCAUUGUAGCAGUGGAGCUGGUUGUUAUGAAGGAGAAAUACGAGCCAGCUCUCAUAUACAGGAAAUAUUGGAAGUGUGAUUCCAGUCAUUUCAACAGAAAAAGAAAAGUGAAACUGAGGCUAGAUGACGACUUGGGAUUUCGGCCUGGAUAUUUUAACAGGCAGUUUUACUUUGGUUUGAAAUCUCAGUUGAGAGCUUUCAUACUUCGGGAUGUUGUGAAAAGUGUUAUGAAAUCCAGAACGUUGUAUUACAUACAGGCGGAAGCCAAGGUGCUCUAUAAUGUGUUUGUUACCCUGCCUUAUUCUCGGCCAAGGAAGACGCCCCACAAAGCAUGUGUGCCCUGGUACUGGAAGAUCUUACAAAGGAUACCUACCUUGAAUAACUUCGAUUGCCCUUAUGAACAGGAGAUAGUCCAGUUGGUGAGUUACCCGGCUGUAUUUAAUGGUCUUCAUUACGGUAUACACAGACACUUCCCCAAGUACCAAGACCCAGGGCUGGAGAAGAUUAGGAGACAAACGAUCGGAAAUCCAGCCUUCACCGUGUCGAUGUGGAUGUACAUCCUGGACUACUGCCCUGAAAAGAAAGGUCACCCGAACUUGGCUUGCGGCAUCUUCAUCCACGUCUCCUGGAACAACUGGUACAUGACUCCCAUACUCCUCGUUGACUACGAAGGUCAUCCGCGAGUGGAGGUUAUUCUGAGGCGGAGAAAAGAGCACCAUUCCAUCAAGGUCAACUGGACCUUCCCCAAACAUCAGUGGAUCAGAGUGACCUUCGCCGUUAGUCAUACCUCGUGGAAUCUAGCGGUUGACUAUGGCGCUAACUUCAACCAAACACUGGUGUCAGAAUUCACGUACCACAGCGAGAUGCUCAUGGACGACACGGAGGGAGACUACGUCAUCGGCGGCAACGACGCCCUUGUACCCAGCUUCGUCGGCUACGUUGGGAAAGCGACGUUCUACAGGCGGCGGGUACUUGAGCCCAGUAAGAUCCCCAUGCCUAGUCCAUAUCACCCAAUGUUUGAACUGGGGCUUACGCGGAGAGAGGUCAAAUGUCAAACUUUCAUGACCUGGAUCAGCCAACAAGAGAGGUUCCAUCAACACCUUCUCGCAGAUAGGAUUCAACAGAACAAGUGUAUAGAUAAGAUUGAACAGAUGUUCAUCAAAAGAGAAAAGAAACAAUGUCCAGCGUUAUCAGCAUCCAAACCAAAGAAGUCUCACAUCCUCAAUGCCUUCAUCCGACGUUCUGUAAAUCAAGGGAGACAACUCGGGGAACGGGGCUUCCAUAACGUUGCUGCAGAUAUCUUCAACAAAGCCGUGACCAUUAUAGAGGAGGACAUUAAACGCAUACCGGUCGCCCUCCCGCUACUGAGGCAAGCGGCGUGUCUCGGCAACUACGACGCCAUGUACAUGCUGUCCGUCAUCCUCAACAACGGCCUGAUGACCAAAGCCGACGAAAUUCAGGCACAGGCCUACCUGAUGUUGGGGGCUGUGGACAAACACCGGUUGUCUACCUUGGCGCUCGGACACAAGCACAGGAACGGCUUAGAUGGCGCAUCAAAUGACAAGCAGCAAGCUUACAUGUAUUACAAGUACGUGGCCGGGAAGACGAGAGAUGACAGAGACCUUCACAAAGAAUCAGAUGUUCUGACGGAGUCUGUGAGGUUGACCGACGAGGCGGCGUUGAAGGAACAGACAGACGAAAACGGGGAUAUAUUCAUGUGGCUGAAACACCAGGCCCAGGCCGGAGUGGCGUCAGCUCAGAUACGGUUUGGGCGGGCGUUGUUUUGGGGCUCCCAGGGACUCCGGCGGAACCUGAAUGCUGCUAUGGAGGUGUUCCGGAUGGGGGCAGAGCAGGGCAACCCCGACAUGAUGUUCGACUACGGCAUCAACAUCUACAACAAUAAAACGCAGGAAAAAAACAAAACAAAAGCCAUUGAAUAUAUGCAGAAAUCUGCCGGAAAGGGUAACCCGAUGGCCAUCAAUGCCCUGGGCUGGAUCGCCAUGAGGCAGAAGAACUACACACAGGCUGUCCACUACUUCAAUCAGGCGGUCAGAUACGGCAACGCCGACUCCGCCUACUACCUCGGGCACAUGUACCUCGAGGGGUACCACCCCACAGACAAACAGGAUUGGGACAAGGCGUACAAGUACUUUGAGUUUGCGGCCUUGAGGGGGCACUAUGAUGCUGGAGUACUGUUUGCCUAUAUCAGCAUGAAGGGUACAUCCACGAUGCCUCGGAACCUCUACCUAGCUGCCGAGUGGGCACGGUUUGUGGCUGAGAAGAAUCCGGCUGUUGGAAUUGUGUUACGGAAAGGUCUCCAUGCUUACAGAAGUGGCAAUAUCCCCCUGGCGUUCUUCUACUACCUACUGGCGGCCGACACAGGGAUUGAGGUCGGGGAUUUCAACGUCGCGUGGUUGUGUGAGGAAAACAAGGAAGGUAUCGUGAACCACAUGGAGAAGGAGUGUAUGUGGCGACACUACAACCAGUCACUACAGAGGGAGACCCAGCUCGUCGACUCCUACGCUAUGAUCAAGAUGGGGGAUUACUAUUGGUACGGAUGCAGGGCUGAGAGAGAUAUCCCCAAGGCUUCUGUCUUCUAUGCUAACUCAGCCUUGAAGGGAGACCCACAUGCGUUGUUUAACCUGGCGUUCAUGGUGGAGGAGGGCGCUAGAAUUCCCGACAGCACCUGGGACAUCCUGCACAUCCCCAAGGCACAUCGGGCCAACAACGUCACCCUCCUGAUGUACCUAUAUACGAGGUGCAAAGAAUCUCGGAAGACCGAGGCUUAUCUCCCCUGCAGCCUCGCUCUGGCGAAGAUACAGUUUAUCGAUGUGUGGACAAGAUACCAUAUUUGGAUGAAGCUGUCCAGUAUCGUGGGCGUGACGAUGGUCGUCGUGGUGACGUCGUUGACAGUGUACCACCAGAUGCACACGAGGCGGCAAGCGGAUCUGGACAUUUGAUCCGUUUAAUCAUCAAAAUGUGGAUCUGUUUUGUAAACAUGGUUUUAAAGAAUAAGUUUUUUUCACUGGUCGAAUCAGCUGUUGCUGUGAGAAUGGUUAAAGAAUUAGCAUGUUAAACUUUUGUUGUUAUAGAUUGUUAUGUGAUAGAACAUGUUGACGUUUAUAGUUUAGCGUCACUUGGUUGGCCUCAUCAAAAUAAUACACUACAGUCCGUUUGGCUCAAAAGCGGACCUAUGAAUUGCAAUCUAACUCGAAAACUAAUAAACAUAAUAAAAUACUCAAUGAAACACUGAUCAUAAUCAAAAC